UCAUAAAAAAAAGAACAGUGAGAAAGGAUUCAAAGGAAAGCGGAGUCAUGGAAUAUACCAACAUGGAAUAUACUCACACGGAAUGUACCAACACAGAAAUCCCUCAAAAAGAAGCCAUGGAUCACUUUAUUGGUGGGAAUAAAAGCAAAAAACAUUUCGACUACUUUGUUAUUAUUGACUUUGAAGGAACGUGUGGAUUUCUCAAAAACCCAUGUCAUAUCAAAGGUGGAAUACAAGAAAUAAUUGAAUUCCCUGCCAUUUUACUAAAUGGUCACAAUGGAUCCAUCGAAGAUGAAUUCCAUUCCUUCUGCCAACCAGUUCUUAACCCGUCAUUGACAAAUUUUUGUAAAAAACUUACAGGAAUCACACAGGAUGCUGUUGACAAAGCUCCAUUAUUCAAGGACGUAUUUGUCUCAUUUGAAGAAUGGUUGAAGAAAAACAAGGUUAUUGGCUCGUACUAUUCAUUCGCGGUUGUGACCGAUGACCCUAACGACAUUCGUCAAUUUCUACAGAAGCAGUGUAGGAUUUCAGAAAUAGAUUUUCCAACAUACUGCCAGAACUGGAUAAAUAUUAAGAUCAUUUUCGCUCAUUUCUACAAAAAUGGCAAUAUGCAAUGUCUGUCCCUAAAAAAUAUGAUUCGGGACAUUGGAUGUGAAUUUCAAGGAAGAGCUCAUAGCGGCAUAGAUGAUGCCCGAAAUAUUGCUUCAAUUGUUCAGCGUCUUUUGGCGGACGGAGCGCCCAUAACGUUCAAUGAAAAGUUAGUUGUCAAUCGAGCCAAGAAAAGUAAAAUAAGGCACAAACAACAGGCACAAACAACCAAACAAGGCGGAACAAAAACCAACCCAUCCACCCAAGCUAACCUAGUUAAGAUAAGGAAUUUGAAAGUCGAAACUGCUGUGAGUAGCCAAAGUUUACAAGCUGCUGCCCAAAUCAAUGCCCAACUAGCUGCAGAAGGUAAAAUUCAACCUCAGCCACAGCAGAACUUGCAAGCCAGCCAUGGUGCUCAGAAGAAAGACAAAAAACUUAAAACAGGGAGAAAGGAUCUUUUCAAUGCCGAAGUUGAAAUCAACAACCUGCCUCCUAGAGCAAGAAAUCUGCUGACCAAAGGAUAUAUUCAAGAAAAAAUUCAAUGGAAAUCAAAAGCUGCUUUGUGUACUAAGGGGCGCUACGUUUCUCCACGAGAGAAACUCAUAGCAAAUGAUGAAAGACCACUAUAUAUUUGCAUCCAAGCAGUUGCCAAGCAUGCUGUAGAUGAAGCUAUUCAUCAUAUCCAAGAUUUCAUUGCUGAGCACACAGGAUCUAGUCCAACACCUCCUGUAAUCUCUCCAACUCUUGUACCUAACCAUCCUCCUCCUCAAGUGACUCUUAUAAGAGAUAAAGUUUAUAUUAAUCUUGAUCAUGCACCUGAAACAUUCAAGAUUGUUGAAAGAGUGCUUGGUCCUUCUGGUGACAAUGUCAACUACAUUCAAACAGAGACUGGUGUGAGUGUAUCUUUGCAAGGUCAGGGAAUUAAUUCAUCAAAUGCAAGUGAUGAACCACAUCAUUUAUUACUAGAGCAUAUUGAACCGUCAGCAGUUCAAAACGCGCGAUCAUUGGCGCUUAGUUUAGUUGGAACUCUCCAACAAGACUUCAUUCAGUGGCAAAGAGAACAGCAAGCAUUACAACAACAGCAACUAGUUUACACUUUUUCUCAACCAUACUAUAGCGGGUCAUCAACUGCUUGUGGGAAUUUCACCUAUCCUGCCGUUGCCAUGGUUUACGGCGUGGAAAAUGGUUUGACACAAACUGCAGCUGUGAGAGAGCCACAGUCAGUACAAACCCACCAACACACGAGAGGCUUGCCGGGCAAGAGGCCCUCGCGGUUCGAUUAUCAACAGUCUACAGGUGUGUUUCCAGUCCGAGAAACUGCAAGGACAUCUUUUCACCCACAUAGGAUGAUAACGGACUUUUUAGACAUUCAAAGGACGUGAUUGUGUCUCCUAACACUGGCUAAUAUACAUAUAUAUUAUAUAAAACAAAAACAAAAAUUUCAGUCUAUACAAAAAUCACACGAAUCGCAUAAUAAGUACCGAUCCUGUCCGAACUUGUUCCACCAUACCAGUCCACCGACUGAAGCUAAUAUAGUUAUAAGUCGAGAG